AUGCUCAGUCCUGACCCCCACUCUCGUCCCGAGUCGAUACAACAACAUCAGUCGUCUGCACACGCCAGCCAAGCUGAGCUACUGGGGUCCGACGCGGAAGUAUGGCAUCUCAAGACUAUCAGCUACGGCGUUGGCGACACGAAGCAAGAAGUGAAGAUCAUCACACAAAAUUAUAAUGGGCCCUGCUCCUUCAUUGCUAUAUGUAAUAUUCUGAUUCUCCGUGGCGACAUCAAGAUUCUCCCGCCCGACCGCCCAAGCGUAUCGUACGAGUUCCUGGCACAAUUGGUCGGGGAAUACCUGCUCCUGCGGGUCCCAGAUGUCGACAUAUCCGCUGCUCUCUCCAUGAUGCCGCUCACACAAAAGGGCAUGGACCUCAACCCCUUGUUCACUGGUGCAACGUCAUUUAGACCUUCUGGAGAUGGUGCGGAUGGUGCUUUGAAGCUCUUCGAGCAGGCGGGAAUCACACUUGUGCAUGGAUGGCUUGUUGACCCAGAAAGCUCAGAGGCCACAGCAAUAUCCUCCAAGGCACAAGACUAUGACACGGCUGUGACCUAUAUAGCCGAUGCGGACCACACGGCCAAGGGGCAACUCGUUUUGAGCGAGUUUGACUUGCCAGCAGUCGCAUCUGGUAGUGGAAGUGGUGGAAGUAGUGCUGGUCCCAGCACCAGCAAUGGAGUGUUUUCAGCAAAGUGGACUUCAGAGGAACGGGAGAAAAUAGAGAAUGCAAUCGUCAUUCGAGAAUUUCUUGAUUCCACACAGUCUCAACUAACCUACCACGGCCUUUUCCACCUUGCCACCACUCUCGAACCGGGUUCUCUGGUUGCGUUAUUCCGUAACUCCCACCUUUCCGUGCUACACAAACCCGCCUCUUCUGAUGCCGCCCUCUAUUCCCUUGUUACCGACUAUGUUUUCUUGCACGAGCGCUCCGUCGUUUGGGAGCGUUUUGAAGAUGUCGAUGGACACAAUGCGACAUUUGUGGAUAGCAACUUCGUCCGUGCAACCCCUGUCGGUGGGGAUUAUGCUGGCCAAACCGCAGAAGACGCUCUACGGAUGGCCGAAAUCGAGGCCGGGAUGUUUGUUGCCCAUGAUCCCGGGGACCUUCUUCUCGCCCAGCAACUCCAGUCGGAGGAGGACAAUCGUGCACAGAUGUUAAGGGAGGAUUACCGACAUCGAAGGUUGGAGCGCGAAUUUGCUGAGGCGGAAGCGGCAAGGAAGAAGCAGGAGAAGAAAGAGAGGAAGGCUAAUAACAAGAAGAACUGCAUUAUCAUGUAG